AUGGAUCCGCUGUCGGCUCUUCGAGAGUUUACGAUGAGAGGGGAGGUGGAGAAGAUAGUGCGUGUGAACGGUGAGUUCCGAUUCGGGGAGGAGUACACCUUCCCCUGCUGGGUGGAGACUGCUUAUCGUUCAACCAAGGGCAACCGAUACACUCUCGAAACCCUAGUACACUACAUCAAGAACCACCACCUCAAGCACACCGAGUACAUCCAGAACACCUUCGCCGUCGGCAUCCCCUCCGUCACCCUCCCCGACCGCAAACCCCUCCUCCAAUACCUCCAGGGCACCCUCACCUCCACCGACUCCAUCGAGUACCGCCCCGAGGACCCUUCCUUCGCCCCCAAAUCCACCCUCCCUUCCCAGGCCCACGCCCAUCCCCAGCCCCAGGAUCAGCCCGACAAAUUGGACCUCAUCUCCCUCAUCAGCUCCGUCGAGAGGCCCUUGAAGGACCGCCAGUCCCUCCUCGAGUGCAAGAAUCGCGACUUCUACAGCGUCCUCGUCUCCGCCACCAAGCGCGAGGAGGACCGCCAGAGGAUGGAGUCCCAGCAGAGGAAGGACGGUCUCGUCGCCAAGAGUCGCUUGAUGGCCGCCGACGACCGGGGUUUAGGGUUUUCCGAUGAUAUGGGCGGCUACGACCCCACCCCCAAGCCCAAAAUGCACUUGAAGGGCACCAAAAUUGGGGAAGGCGUCCCCAUUAUCUUGGUCCCCAGUGCCUUUCAGACCCUCAUCACUAUAUACAAUGUGAAGGAGUUCUUGGAGGACGGUGUUUAUAUACCCACUGAUGUGAAGGUGAAGCAGAUGAAAGGCGCCAGACCCGAUUGCGUUACUGUCCAGAAGAAGCUCAGCAGGGAUAGGGUUGUAACUGCUUAUGAAGUGAGGGAUAAGCCUUCUUCACUUAAACCCGACGAUUGGGAUCGGGUCGUUGCUGUUUUCGUAUUGGGCAAGGAGUGGCAGUUUAAGGAUUGGCCUUUCAAGGACCAUGUUGAAAUUUUCAACAAAAUCAUUGGAUUUUACAUGCGAUUUGAAGAUGACAGUUUGGAGUCAGCAAAGAAUGUCAAGCAGUGGAAUGUCAAGAUUAUCUCGAUUAGUAAGAACAAGCGACAUCAGGACAGGGCUGCCGCGUUGGACGUGUGGGAGAGACUAGAAGAAUUUGUACGCGCAAGAUCACGUUCUUGA